UCAGGUAACUCAUUCUCAAAUCGCUGCUUAUGGUAACAAGACGACCAGGGAGUUACUAAGCCUUUAGACAACAAGAGAAACGGCAGGAUGGAUGUAGAGAACAGAAGGAAAACUAUAUGCAUUCCUCUAGCAGAGGUUGAGAAAUAUUACCAUUUUUCCAGACAAUGCUACUGGCUACAAAAUGAAAUCAUGCAGAAGGAGUCGAGUCCUCUCUUCGCUGCUGAUGUCAUCACUGAGCUAAAGAGACAGUUUGCGUUCCUGUCAGGUGGAAGAGCACAGGACGGAAGCCCUAUCAUUAUCUUCCCAGAAUACCCUUCAUUUUGUGAAAUUGGAGACCAAGAGUUUCGUAAUGUGCUUACGUACCUGACAAGUAUUCCCAGUCUGAGUGCUGCAGGUGUGGGCUUCAUUGUGGUGAUUGACAGGCGUCGAGAUCGAUGGACGUGUUUGAAGGGAACAUUGCUCCGUAUUUCAGGCUGGUUUCCUGCUAAUCUUCGGCUUGUUUUGGUGCUGAGACCCAGUGCUAUACUUCAGCGAACACUGUCUGAUGUGUUCUUCAAACUCCACAGAGAUGACUUUAAAGUACCGGUUAUCAUGCUUAGCUCAGUGGCUGAUCUCCAUUCUUAUAUUGAGAGGAAUCAACUGACACAGGAACUUGGCGGUUCUCAGUACUACUGCCACAAAACCUGGAUCUCUCACCGCACAGAUCUUGAAAGCUUCGCUGCAUUAGUGAAGAGGAUGGCUCAGAGACUGCAAGUGUUCGGCAGAGAGCUGGCAGAAACCGAGCUACCCAGCAACCACCUGACAGCCAGCAGUCUGCUCAAUACACACACCAACAGAAAAAACAACUUGAAAGAAGACAUGGCAGGAGCUCUCAGUCAAGGACGGAAAAUCUUAGAGAACAUCAGAGAGCCAGUGCGCAGAGAUCCGGACAGCAGUUUGAACCCUGACCAGCUGGAGAAUCUUGCUACAGUCCACAGGCUGUUAUCCCAGCUGAAUGAGAGCUCUACAGCAUUUGAUCAGUUCUGGAUCCAGCAUCAAAAUAAGCUGGAGCUAUGUCUGAAAGUCUGUCAGUUUGAGCACAACUUUCAGCAGUUGCGAACAGAGCUAGAUCAAGCAACUGAAACACUGAAUGCUUUCUCAGCUGUUGGAAUAAGCCCUGCCCAAACAGAACACCUCCUUCAAGAGCUGACCAAUCAUGAAAAGAAAGUCUGUGAAGUGCUGGACAGAGUAAGGUCUCUGAUUGCUGAGGGCCAAGGUUUGAUUGACAGUUCUCAGAUUCUUGAUGACAGUAUUGCAGCAAAAUGCACUGAGCUAGAAAAAGCAAGUGAAAAUCUCACCCAAGAGCUCAAAGACAAGAAGACCAUGCUGACACAGGCUAUGGAUCUACAUAAAAGACUGGACAUGAUGUGUAAAUGGUGUGAUGAUGGGAUUUACAUGCUGGCAUCACAGCCACUGGAUAAGUGCCAGUCACAGGAGGGGGCGGAGUCAGCACUAUCGGAGCUGGAGUGUUACCUGGAGACAGCCAAUGAGAAACAGAAAUGGGAAAUCAGCACAGUUUGGCUGGAAUAUGACAACAUAUUGAACAAUGAGCUUAGGGAGCAGGUGAAGCGUGCGUUUGAAAAAAAAGCUUCACUACAGGAGAUGUUUGAUAGAAGGAGGGUCAGUCUGAAGAAACUAGCAGCCAAACAAACACGUCCCGUCCAACCUGUGGCCCCCAGUCCAGAGUCACUCUCAUCUCCUGCUCACAGGGAUCAUGAGAGCAUCUGCAUUAGUGAGGACUCAGACAGCAGGGGGUCCUGUAAACAAGUAAACUCUGAUCAGGUUGACAGGAGCAGCCGCAAUGCUUCUGUAUCUGAGGAGGAAGAAACCCUGGCUGUGCUGCGCAGGCAUGUCAUGAACGAGUUAUUGGAAACUGAGAGAGCAUAUGUGGAAGAGCUUAUGUGUGUGUUGCAGGGAUAUGCUGCUGAGAUGGAAAAUCCCUCCAUGGCUCCUCUCAUCCCUGCUGCCCUGCAGAACAAGAAGGACGUGUUAUUUGGGAACAUGCAAGAGAUAUACAAUUUCCACAAAAGAAUAUUUCUCAGAGAGCUGGAGACUUACACUGACUAUCCUGAGCUUGUGGGCCGCUGCUUCCUGGACUGGAUGGGGGAGCUGCAAAUUUAUGAAAAAUACUGUCACAACAAACCUCGUUCUGAGAGUCUCUGGAGACAGUGCUCCGACUGCGCCUUCUUCCAGGAGUGUCAGAAGAAACUAGAACACAAACUGGGACUGGACUCUUACUUACUGAAGCCUGUACAGAGGAUUACUAAAUACCAGCUCCUGAUCAAGGAGAUGAUUAAGUACAGUAAAGGCUGCGAGGGCUCAGUGGAGCUGCAGGCGGCUCUUUCCUCAAUACUGGGAAUCCUGAAGGCCGUAAAUGACUCCAUGCACCUCAUCGCCAUCACAGGAUAUGAUGGUAAUCUUGGAGACCUGGGUCGUCUGCUGAUGCAGGGGUCGUUCAGCGUGUGGGCAGAGCACAAGAGAGGUCAUGUGAAGGUGAUGGAGCUCGCCAGGUUUAAGCCCAUGCAGAGACACCUGUUCCUGCAUGAGAAAGCUCUGCUCUUCUGCAAGAGACGAGAGGAGAGCGGAGAGGGAUACGAAAAAGCCCCUUCAUACAGCUUUAAACAGGAGCUUAGCAUGGCUGCUAUUGGAAUAACAGAGCAUGCUAAAGGGGAUAGCAAGAAGUUUGAGAUCUGGUCCAGUUCAAGAGACGAGGUGUACACCAUACAGGCUGCGACUGAGGAGGUUAAGACCAUCUGGGUGACAGAAAUCCGGAAACUUCUAACAGGACAACUGGAAGCCUGCAAAGAAAGGAUCUUUGAGGAACCAAAAAAUGAAGCAAGUCAACAGAAGGCACCUGAGCAGUUCACCUCAGAGAGCAGCUCAACAAACAGACUGGUGAGAAAUGAACGUAGUAGCCUCAAGAGUGAAGGAGCAGAGAAACAGAAGAGAGAAGAGGAAAGUGGCAAAGAACUUAAGAGCAUUUUUGAAUCGAGGACAGCCGAAAGGGCAAAAGGAUCUUCGUUCAGCUUUGAGACAAAACCAAAACGACAGGAUGUCCGGAGUGACCCUACGCCUCUAGAAACAGGGCCUCACCCUAACUUGGGCGGAGUCAGGUGGUUCAGUACUUCAAGCCUGUUUCAGAGUCGUAGGAGAGGUUGGAUGAAAGGAUCUCUCUCGCUGGAUGCCUCUGUGGAGCAUGAUGGGUAUUUCAGUGCAGAAGAGCAGGCCAACUCUGACCCAGAAGAGGAGAGGGAAGACAAACUGUGUGAAGAAGAACCGCAGCCUGUGAGGAUAGAGGAAGAGAUCCCAUGUUUUGAAGAGACUGUGGAACCUGAGGAAUGAGAGUUGAGUUUGAAUGAGUCUGAAAUAUUAUCGAUGUACAGCAUUCACACGUUUCAUGCUUAACUCUUGAAAAGAGGGAGAUGAGACAUAUGAAAUAUUCACUUUUGUGUACUCUUAAAAAUAAAGGUUCCUGGUAGAACCAGCGGUUUAGAAAACCCAGAUUAUUAUACGUUUUUGUUAUCAGUGGCAGUAUCACAAGAAAAAUCACAAUAUACAGAUAGUUUUAAAUGUUUAUGUAGAAAAAUGCUUUUUAGGACCAAAAAAGUACCAGCAGGGGUCUUAUUAACCAGCCAGAAGCCAAAGGGUUAGUGCCAAAAGGGUUUUACAACCUCAAGAAUGACCUUUUACUCUUUAAAUUUGUUAGAAACCAUAUAUACUGUUGGCCAUGUCAAUAAAAACUAUAAUCGAACAUUUGUAACAUUUAGAAAAAGAAGCUUUAUUUUUAAGAGUGUAGUGCACCAAAAUAAUGCAUUAUGACACCUGAGCCAGCUCUUCACACACUGUCUCGUAGAAUGCUGUGAUACAUGUUUCAUAUCCCUAAAACCUUAGUAGUACUUUGUGCCACAGUAAUCAUACUGGGAUAUGGCAUGUCUAUUGUUAAGUCCCGUGGUCUUCAAUGUGAAAGCACGUGACAGUUGUUAUAUCAUUGUGUACAAUGCAGGAAACCACGACCUACAUGUAAAACAAGCAUAUCAUAUAUGCAGACGUUGUUUCUCAAAGUCACCCUGUGCCAUUUGGAUGUAAAUAUGUGUGUACAAAUCAAUAUUGUUUUAUAUAUGCGUAUAAAAAUAAACUUUAGUUGAUGAAUUGUGCCUAUGUUGAUUAUCCAU